CCUGAGGGGGGGCAUGUCCAGCUCUGCAGCACAGAGGAGCUGCUGAGGACAGAAGCCAGGCUUUUGUUCUGCCUCCUCUGCCUCCCCUCACGCACACUGCGCUGGAUGUAUAAAAGGGGUCUGUUCUGAUUUCCACCCCUCCACUCUCUUGCAGUUUUCGCCAUUCCCUGCUUCAUGGCCACCUUCGCCCGCAGCGCGCCUCUGCCGAACAGCGGCACACUUGUUGAGGAUCCGAAAUUUCAGGACACUGUGGAGAAAAGCCGCAGUUUGACACGGAAGAUCCUGCUCGCCAUUCCCGACACGCACAAAUCGUGCAUUCACACAGAGGCUCUAAAACUGAAUUCUUCAGAGAAUGGACAGUUGGACACGAUGGCGUCCACCAUCGGCCUCCCCUCUGCUCCUGUGCUCAGAGUCGUGUCAGAAAACUCCACUUUGGAGGACAGUUUGAAGGGGAUGUAUGAAGGUCUGCAGCUGCACCAGGCCUUACUGAGCGCUGUCUCUUCACGGCUGGGGAACAAAGAUAAAGUGAACGACCUGAUAGCGGACAUCAGAGAUCUCGCCGUUCAGAUCAAUAAGAUGCUAAAGAUGGCCCAAGCAGAAGCGGUGGUGCAGUCCAGCCCCACUCCUGUGGCCUUACGUCUGCCGGGAGACUAUGAAGUUCAGGUGGCGACACAUCUGACCCUGGUUCAGCUCCAGGCCUUUGGGCAGGACGUGAUCCGCUGCUUGAGGCCUCUGGAUCGCAGCAAUGAAGAUCAACCCGAAAGCUGACCACACUCUUGAGCUUUAUAUCUGUAGCUUAACUUGCCAUGUUUUGUUAUUGUUAUUUAUUGAUCUGUAUAAAAAGAUUAUUUAUUUUUUAUUUAUAUUUUUAUUUAUGGAAUUGCAAUAUGCAAUAUUUAUUUAGGCAGUUUAUUUUUGAUAACAAGACUUGUCUUGUGUCCGGUGGAGGCAGAUGGUUGCUUUCACUGAGCCUGGUUCUGUCGGAUGUUUAUAUUUCCUCGCCGUUAAAGGCUUUUUUGUUGCCGUUUUUUGGGUUCCUUCCCACCGUUGAUGACUGCUUGCUUAUCGGGAAGCCAAAGGCAGCUUCUGGAUUGUUGGGCUCUCUGUUUGUUUAAAAUGUGUAAGGUCGUCACUUCACUAUGUGAAGUGCUAUGAGAUGACGUGUUUGCAUUAGAUAAAUGAAACUAACUUGAAUUGAACUGAACACCUGCUGACUAGCAACAACGUUUAGCAAAACAGAAAGAUCUAUCUGUAUGACAUUUAUGAACUGUUAACACUCAUUUAGGGCAUUGGGGGCACAUUAAGGACUAAUGGAUUAGUGUCAUUAUUUUUGUAUGAAUCUUAUGUCAAAACCUGCUGUACAUGCUUUCAUUUUUGUGAUAUUUAAAUAAAAGAAAAAUAACUAUC